GACAACUAUAUUUUAGGAACGCAAAAACAUUGUCGUAAGACUGGAGUUUGAGUUUUUUCAUGUUUUCCCUAAAAUCAACUUCCUCCACCCCCUCCCCCUAGAAAAUACUCUUGCUUUACUAACACUAUAGUGGUCCGUUACUUGGAGCUUUUAUCACAGUUAAGUGUUCAUGUUUCCGUUAUUUAUACAUAUUUUUCACUCUCAGAUUCCAUUUUUCCAAAAAUGACUUCAAAAACAACAAAGCUUUUCAUUCCAAGUUUGUUAGUCGCCACUCCAACAUCAUAAUUAUCUGUCCAAAUAUUGCAACAGUUUUAUCUAAAAGAAAAGACAAGCAACCRGCAGAUAAUUUAUAUGAAAAUAUCUGGAUGGUGAAUGAAAAAGACUUUUAUUCCUGUAAAGUAGACACAGCAGUCAAGGAAAAUAGACUCUUACAUCGAUGUAGUCAACCAGGGAAGCUUAGUUUUUACAAUAUCAACUUUGCAAAUGUACAUUAUUCCAAGCACGCAAAUUUUAGCAGUAUUUAUUUAUUAGCAACAUCAAAUGGAACCAAAGGAUCUUUAAACAAUACCAGUGAGGGCCAUUGCAAGAAUGAAGAAGAAGGAAUUUCUUUGAGAAUUAAGUUUUCAGUUUGUGACGCAAGCUUACCAAAUAAUAGUUGUAAAGAGAGUUUGACAUCCUCUACCAACAAAUCAAAAGGAUCCUUGACUUGCCACAAUGACACAGUCAGCACCUGUACAUCAAGGACAACUGUUGAGUCAAUACAUCAUUGGGAAGUCCUAGCAAUUUGUCUUGGGGUAGUACUAGGGCUGUCACUUGUCAUUAACAUCAUUGCUGUGCUCUACGUAUGUGUGUGGAGGAAAAGAGCUCAAGGACCAUCAAAAACAAAGGCAGAAGAACCAAUGAAAAGCUUGAUUGUCGAACCACACAAAUCAAAGCAUGGUCGAGUUUCAGCUGCAUUGUAAAAUCGUAAAAAGAUAAUAAAUAAUAAAUUUCAUGAACUUAAACGGC